ACCACACCACCACCCGUCUCCACCAUGCCCAAGCGCUCCAACGUCUCCCUCCUCACUGAGGGUGCGGCCUACAUCCAGCGCGCGAAGAAAGCGCGUGCCGAGCAGGUCGAGGAGAUCAAGUUCGACGACACGGCGCGGCGGGAAUAUCUUACUGGAUUCUCGAAGCGGAAAAAGCAGCGGACAGAGGAGCGCAGGCAGCGCGCCAAGGAGCGCGAUAAGGAGGCGCAUAAGGAGGCGGUGCGCAAGGCGCGCAAGGAGCUGCAGGAGCGCGCGGAGGAGAACGAGCGUACAGUGCGCGAGGCGCUUGGGUUGAGUGCAAAGAAGGAAUCUGAUGAGGAGGAGGAAGAGGCCGAGCCCACGACGAUCGAGGCCGAGUUCAGCGACGACGAGCAAGCCGCCACCGUGACGAUUACGGAGGACUUCGAUCCCUCCACUGCCGUGAGGACAUAUGUCGACUCGGAGGAGGAGAGGUCAGGAGAGGAGGGCGAGACCAAGCCCAAGCCCAAGGCAGCCGUGCCGAUCUUGCCCGCAUCCAGUCGUCGUGCCGAGCAGCGAGCGAAGCGCGAGAAGGAGCUGGCCGCUGCCAAGGCGGCUAAGAAGGAGGAGAAGAAGAGCCGGAGCAUGGAGACACCUGCGGAGAAGCGGCGCGGGCGCGAGAUCGACGCGCGCAAGCGACAGAAGAAGAUCGACAAGGACCGCGCACGAGGGAUCGAGCCAAUGCGCCGGACCAAGGGUGCUGGCGGCAAGGGGUCUGGUGGCAAGUCGGGAGGCAAGGGCAAGGGCGCCAAGCCCGCAAAGAGGGGCACGCGGCGAUAGACUCUGUUGUUCAUUAUCUGGUCGUGUCAAUGUGCUUGCAUGCAUGAGUACGUCUUGUAUGCCGU